AUUCAUAUCCUCACAUUUCUAAAACUGGUGGCGACGACCUGCUCCCAGGCACACAGAAACUCGUCCACCGAUUCUGCUCUGUGAUUUUCUUCCUUCCUUCCUAUCUCUUCAGAUCUGGUACUGGAUUCGACAAGAACGGCUCUCUGAGUUGAAGAUCCGUCGAUUUGCCAUAUACUUAAAUGAGUCGUCCCCAAGAACCCCAUCGGCCUUUCUUCCCAUCUGGAAAUCCAUUCAAGAUGCUGCAACGUAAGAGUCCCAAUCCAUCUCCAAAGCUUUUGGGUUUGUUAAAAACUUUUGAGGAAGCCUUGGCAGAGAGGUUUAGGAAGCUUAAGCCAAAAGACAAGCAAGAGGUCCUGACCUUGUCGUGGAUGAGACAUGCAAUAGAGUUGCUUUGCCAAACUCAUGAUGACAUAAAAAUCUUAAUUACAGAUCUUGAACUCCCAGUUUCUGAUUGGGAUGAUAAAUGGAUUGAUGUGUACUUGAACAGCAGUGUGAGGCUCCUUGAUAUUUGUAUUGCUUUUACUUCAGAACUCUCACGCAUCAGCCAGGGUCAUCUCUUGCUUCAAUGUGCCUUGCACAACUUGGAUGCCUCUACUUUAAAGCCCAUGCGUGCUUCUUCUUCACUUGAUGGAUGGAGGCAGCACAUUAGUUCAAAGAAUCCCAGACUUGAGAACUGUUUUUCUGUUUUAGGUGGUCUUAUUGACACACUUAAUCUGCCUAAGGUCAAGAAUUGUGCCAAAGGGAAGGUCUUGAUGCAGGCUAUGUAUGGAGUUAAGGUGUUAACUGUGCUUGUCUGUGGGAUCUUUGCUGCUGCUUUCUCAGGUUCUGCAAAUAAGUUAGCUGAUUUACCGGUUCCAAGGACGUACUUGUGGGCAGAGGCUUUUGUGGAUGUUCAAGAUUAUGUAAAUGGGGAGAUCAGAAAUAUAUUUUCCAGCGGGCACUUUACAGUAUUGAAAGAACUUGAAGCAGUUGAUGCAAGUGUCAAGAAGUUGCACCCCGUUCUACAGGAUGGGGUGGAUAUUAAAGCUGAAGAACUCCAAAGCUCUACUUCAAAUUUGAGGGAGAGGACAAAAAAUCUUUCACAAGGACUGGAUCUCCUUGCAAAGCAAGUGGAUGCUUUCUUCCAAAUAGUUCUAACUGGACGUGACGCGUUGCUCUCUAACCUUAGGGCUGGUAGUGGUGUACCUAAUACAAAACAACAAAUUAACAACGAUGAGAGGCAAUUUGUGAGGUGAACUCUGAUGAAUUGUAAAUCUGUCCUACUACAUGCACAUGUGCGUAAGUAUGGGCUUGUGGGUCGCUUGCUUGAUGAGAGUGCUACUGUAGCGUGUAGUGUUUGUUAUGGUGUAAUUUGUUUGGUUGGUUGUGCCAAAGCUGGGGUUGGUUAUGUAAUGUUAUAUAUAAAAAAACGUUUUUUUA